AAUUGAGAUCGGAGACGGUGGAAGAUUAAUUGCCAAAAUAAAUGCGUUUGGAAAAGAUGUUUCUUUCCCCGUCCAAAAAAAUUAUAAAAGUUUCCAUUUUGUAGUUCAUAUAUUUCUAGAAACAAAAUAUAUAUGUUUCUGCAGGCAAUUAAAUCUCUGCUCUUCUAGCUCAACAACAACAAGAAGAUGAUGAAGAUGAUGAAGCGCUCGUUGAUGUCUUCUCUACUUCUCCUUUUCUUCCUGCAAUCCAUUUCUGGCUCCUCUUCGAAUUCUUCUCCACAUAUAGAAGCUGUUUGCGAAAAUGUGCAAGACAGCUACGUUGACAAGAAGUACUGCAUCAAAACUCUGUCCUCCGACGUCCGUAGCCGCGGCGCCGACGAUCGAGGCCUCGGAGUCAUCGCCGCCGAGCUCACAGCUGCAAAGGCCGUCGCCAUCAAGUCCCACAUCGAGAAGGCGAGGAGGAAGGCGAGGGAUGGGUACGGGCGGCGGCGGGCGGAGGCUGCGCUGCAGAUAUUCUCGGACGUGAUACCGUCGGUGCAGUGGGCGGCGGAGUCGAUAAAGGGGGAGUUCUACGCGAGCGCGGGGGCGGUGCUGUUCGUGGCGCUGGACGCGGCAUCGGCGUGCGUGGGGGUGGUGGAGCUGGGAAAGGCCGCCGACGAGUACGUCAAUCUGGCGCUCCUCGCUCAGGCCAUCGCCGUCCACUUGCAUUAGCUAACCGAACCGGCGGUGGCCGCCCCGCCUCUUUCAUUGUAUUUGGUUUACAUUGUUGUUCCGAUCUUUUGUUUGAUCGAGUAGUCGACGCUGCUACCUAAUUGUUUUUGCCAGUUUCAA